GUUUGCCAACAGCUUUAUGCAACGCCUCGGCAAGAAACAGGCUCACAUACUCAAAUACCCAGAAGACUUCAUUUAAAUGUCUCCCUAGAAAAUAUGCUAUUCCGCGCUAUCCAAACCUCUCAAGACCAACCCUACACACGGACUUUUAUCGAUAAACCGCAAGAGGAUCAAAUAUACCUGUUUGUCCAUGCCAAACCCCGCUCAGCGCUCAACCUCCGAACAACGGUAUUCGAUGGAAGACCAAGAAAAUCGAUACACUAUGCCUGUCCAACGUGGUACACGGGAACCCGAAGUCGCAAAAGUCAAAUUCGGCUUCAUAUCCAACUCCCAAGACACAGCAGCAUGGCGUAUACGCCGACGCUAAUGCCUUUACGAAGGCAGCCACCUCCAACUAGUGUUGUCCACUACUCCCGUGGACAUACCAUCCAUAAGUCCCGCCACCAUAUCAUCAUGUUUGCCUUCUCACCCCUCAUCGCGUAUCGUCCGCCACACCUACACCCGCACCCACAUCCACCUCUACACCUACAUGUACGUAUACAUCUCCCGCACCGCAGAGAUCGUCCCAUCUCUCUUGAACAACCCCGCAGGCGGUGAUCACAUAGCAGAAUAAUAAUGUACAGCCUUUGGGGACGAGAGUGCGUGAACGGACGAGAGAUUGGAGUGGGGAAGU